AUAAAAUGAAUAACCUUAGAUUUGAAUUAUUUGCUAUUAUUGCUCAAAUUGAUAGAAGUAGAUACCCAUUAGCUUAUUUGUUCCUUGAAAAUAAUAGAAAUUUAGUUCUACUAAUACAAAGAAAACUUCAACAAGUUUUAGAUGGUAUUGAAAAAGCAGAUUGGCAUAAAUCAUUUAAAAAAGAAUGUUAUUUCUUUAUUUGUAAAUAUCUUGUAUUACAAAAAGGAACUAUACCAGUUGAAUUUUUUGAUAAAGUUUAUCAUUAUUACCAAUACCCAUUUCUUGAUACUUUGGAUAUACAAAGUAACAUUGAACAAUCUGUUUUUAAUAAUAUAGAUACUACAAAUUUUAAAAUAAUUGAAGAUGAGGAAAAUAUGCAAA